AUGGUGGGAGGAACCGCCCCACGACCGUACUCGGUCGCCCCUGGCACCCACGUGGCGCCCGUCACGCCGCCACCAGGCGCCUCGACGCGCCCCAAGUCUGUCAUCGUGCCCGGUGCCAGCGUCAACACGCUCAAGAUGAAGGCCCUCUUCGAAGGAGGCGGCGGCAGCACCGCCACACUCCCACCCACCACCACCUCCUCCUCCUCUUCACCUUCGCCCGCCCUCUCAGCAUCGACGAUGUCAGCCCCCCACGCUACCACUUCCACAUUCCCUCCACCAUCGCCCAACAGGCCGUUGUCGUCAUCGGCCAUCGCGCCCACCACUGCGGCGGCGCCCGCGGCUGCGGUAGCCACGGGCGCGCCUGUGACCCGCAUGAAGUCCUUCUUCGAGGACAAGGCGCGAGAGCAGCAGGUGGGCAAGGGCAGCGGCUCAGCCGCGGACCAGAAGAAGCUGGAGCUGGCUCGGAAGCAGGAGGAGCGGCUCAUGAAGGACCGCGUUGAACGCGAGUUCUUCGAGACCGAGGAGAACUACUUCAAGAGCCUCGACAUUGUCGUGGAGGUGUACGUCAAGCCGCUGCGUGAGGCGAAGAUCAUUUCGCAGCAGGACAUGGACACCAUAUUCUCCAACAUCGAGACCAUCCACCAGAUUCAUCAACGGCUCUACCUCGACCUCAAGCCCCUCUUCUGCCCCGAGACCGAAGCGCCUGCCACUGCGCCGCAACCGGACGAUUCUACACAGCCCAAGUUGGACAAGAGGCCUUCGUUUUACGAUUCGGCCACCAAGUCAGAUAGCAAGACGCAGAAGUCGCUGGGCGACCUUCUCCGCGCUUUCAUUCCUUUCUUCAAGAUGUACACAGUCUACAUCAACAGUUUUGAUAAUGCCAACAAACGAAUUACGGACCUCCAGAACUCGAGCAAGAAGUUCACCCAGUUCCUCAACGACUGCAAAGCGCGGCCGGAGUGCAAGAAACUGGAUCUCGUGUCCUUCCUCAUUAUGCCAAUCCAACGGCUACCGCGCUACGAGCUGCUUCUUCGCGACAUCCUGAGGAACACGGCGGACGCCAGCGAGCACGCCAAGAUCGAGCAGGUGUUCAACACGGUGGCGGAGGUCAACAAGCACGUGAACUCGGAGAAGGGCGCCUCCAUCCUGCGAGCGCGGCUCUACAAGCUCAAGGCCGCCGUCAAGCACCGAGUGGAUAUUUUCAGUCGACCCGAUCGGCGACUGCUGCGUGAGGGAGAAGUGAUCAUUCGCAAGAUUCAUCAACGGCUCUACCUCGACCUCAAGCCCCUCUUCUGCCCCGAGACCGAAGCGCCUGCCACUGCGCCGCAACCGGACGAUUCUACACAGCCCAAGUUGGACAAGAGGCCUUCGUUUUACGAUUCGGCCACCAAGUCAGAUAGCAAGACGCAGAAGUCGCUGGGCGACCUUCUCCGCGCUUUCAUUCCUUUCUUCAAGAUGUACACAGUCUACAUCAACAGUUUUGAUAAUGCCAACAAACGAAUUACGGACCUCCAGAACUCGAGCAAGAAGUUCACCCAGUUCCUCAACGACUGCAAAGCGCGGCCGGAGUGCAAGAAACUGGAUCUCCCAAUCCAACGGCUACCGCGCUACGAGCUGCUGCUUCGCGACAUCCUGAGGAACACGGCGGACGCCAGCGAGCACGCCAAGAUCGAGCAGGUGUUCAACACGGUGGCGGAGGUCAACAAGCACGUGAACUCGGAGAAGGGCGCCUCCAUCCUGCGAGCGCGGCUCUACAAGCUCAAGGCCGCCGUCAAGCACCGAGUGGAUAUUUUCAGUCGACCCGAUCGGCGACUGCUGCGUGAGGGAGAAGUGAUCAUUCGCAAGGUGGAGCGACCAAGCGAGAGCUCGCGGCUCAAUCUCGACCUCAAUCUGCCGCUUCCGGCGCGGAAGUCAGAAAAGAACUUGUCGUCGGAGCGACGCAGCACGGUGGUGGGCCUCGACAAGGAUUCGUUCAUGACCCCCAGGAAGGCCGACUUUAAAUCACAGUACUUCUUCCUCUUCGAUGACUUCCUGCUCCAGGUGGUCAAGAAAUCCAAGAGCGACAAGUACAUCUUUAGGGUGAUGUACAACCUGCUCCACAUCAACGUUCUUCUGGUCCAGCAGGGAACUCCCACAAUGAACACGACGCUCGGUUCGAGUUCGUCGGCGCUGCUCGCCCCUGUCGGCGUGGUGUCGGGGUCGGGCACUCACCCGCUGCCGACUCGAAGCAUGUCUCUCAAGAGCGUGGGCGUGAACGAGCCCCAGCGAUCAUCGUCGCCCGACCUCACCAUGGAGGGAAGCCAAAACGGCGAUUCGAACACAAACGGCGAGGAUAAUGAUAAUGGGAGUGGCGAGGCUGCGGCGAUCAACUUGGAGAGUGAGGGCGAGAUCGUGGACGAUCCCGAGGCGGAGCUCAUGCUCCUGUUGGUGGACCACAAGAGCAAGGACAAGAUACACAUCAAGUUCAAGUCGCGGCACGAAAAGGAGGACUGGCUGGAGCUCAUCGUCAACGCCAAGGAGGAAAUGGCCAAGCUGGGGCUGGAGGGACCCAAGGACCUGAAGGAGGAGGCAGUGGCGGAAAAGAAGGCCAAGGAGGAGAAGGAAAAGGAGGAAAAGGAGCUGAAAAAGGCGCAACAGGAGAAAGAGAAAAAGGAGAAGGAGGCCAAGAUGGCUCAGCUGCAGGCCCAAAAGGAAAAGGAGAACGCGAUGUACAAAUACGACCACAUGUUCAAGGGCAUCAUCCUUCCGGCGCUCGCCCCCAGCCUCAAGGCCCAGACCGAUGAAAUCUGCAAUUCUCUGGUGGGCGUACUGGCCGACAAGGACAUCACCGAGCUGGGAGCCAAGUCGCUCGAGACGGCCCGGGCCUGGAUCAAGGAGAUCAAGAAGCUUAACCCGCCCAUCGUCGGCACCCUCCUCGCGUUCCAUCCCACGCAGAGCACGGACGGAGAAGCAGUUACGGCUGAGGCGGGCCAGCAGGCGGCCACCGAGGAGGGCUUCGUGUUCUUCGAGUUGGGCAAGGUGGCGUCGGUCGAGGAGGACGCCCUUGACUCCUCAUUCGAAACCAUCGUGGAGAGGAUCCUCGACAUGAAGGAGGGCCACGGAUCCGCGUUGUCUCCCGGAGGUGGCCACGACCUUUCCAAGCGACGAAGCGUCGAUUUGCAAGAGGUGGACCUCAAGGCCGACAAGAAGAAGGAGGGCAAGCUCAAGGGCAUCCUCGGCAUCGGCAAGAAGAAACUCAGCCGCAAGACCAGCGUCACCGGCGCCAGCAACGGGAGUGGCGGGGGCAGCGGAGGAAGCAGCCCGGCUGGUAACUCGAAGAAGGAAAGCCGUGGCUGA